CUGGUUCCGCUAAGAGAAGACAUUUUGUGGAAAGACACCGUAGAGAGAAUACAGACACACACAUACACACGGAUUUUAAAAAGAAAUAUAUAUAUACACACACACAUACAUUUUUUUCUGUUGUUUGGACAGUUUAAUAGAUUUAGUAAAGAGAUUUCUUUUAAAUUUUGCACCCCAUAGUUUCGACAGAUUUGACGCUAGCACGCUAGUUCCGUCGGCUUGGCAUUGCCGAUAACAUUUACCGAUUAGCUUAGCAUUAGCAUCCUCGCCUCCGCAUUGCUGGGCAAGCACCCGCUAAGCUAGGCUAGCACAGACGCCGCAUUUAGCUAACCGGCUAGCUUCUCUUCCCUUUUUUCCAGCCACAGAGACAGAAUGGCUUUGAAACGAAUUCACAAGGAACUGACCGAUCUGGGUCGGGAUCCUCCAGCACAGUGUUCUGCAGGUCCGGUUGGUGAUGACCUGUUUCAUUGGCAAGCCACAAUUAUGGGACCUAAUGACAGUCCAUACCAGGGUGGCGUGUUUUUCUUGACUAUUCAUUUCCCUACAGAUUACCCAUUCAAACCGCCGAAGGUUGCAUUCACCACAAGAAUUUAUCACCCAAAUAUUAACAGCAACGGCAGCAUCUGUUUGGAUAUUCUAAGAUCGCAGUGGUCACCAGCGUUAACUAUUUCAAAAGUUCUGUUGUCCAUCUGCUCUCUGUUAUGCGACCCGAACCCAGAUGACCCGCUAGUCCCGGAGAUAGCACGCAUAUAUAAAACAGACAAUGAAAAGUACAACAGAAUAGCUCGGGAAUGGACCCAAAAGUACGCCAUGUGAUACCUGAAUAAACAUCGCCCCAACAAAUCUGCAUUAUAGCUGGAAGAACGUUCUACAACUGGCUCUCCUUCGAACAUUAUCCCUAUCCCUCCUCCUCCGUCCUCUCCCCUUUCAGCAAAACAGCCCCACCCCUCUCUCCGUCUCUCUUAGGAGCGAAUAAUUUUUUUUUACCCACUUGUUUUGUGCCCCUUAUCAGAUUCCCAUGUGCUGCGAACACGUCACUUUUUAUUCUCCAUUAAAAAAAGAAACAUCCGGGCUGAACUCUGAAGCAUGUGUCGAGGACUCAAGGCAGCCACAGGUUUAAAGAAAGCAAAUAAAGAGCGCUUUUAUUAUCUCACACCGCCACACAUGCACAUGGAGGUGCUAUUGAGAAGAAAUAAAGACAUAACUCCAUUUAAAAUAAAUAAAAAAAAUCUUCAUGAGCAGUCUGUUGCGCUGGCCUUCACGUUUUUACAAGCUUUUCCGAUAGCGGUAAACCGAUUACGGUCUGUGAAAUACGAGUAUAUACUUAGUCCAGAUACAGUUAAGAUCUGAUUAUGAAACCUACUUCCUGCAUGUUAACUGCGAUCUGGCGGGCCGCUGAAAAACGCCGCCAGUGUUAAACACUCGUUUCCACCUGUUCAAGGAGUCCGAGGACUUGAUUUUGUUACUCCUGUCUUUUUGAUUUUGACAUUUUUUAAUGGAGCUGUUAGUUCAUCUCUCUUCCAACUACACUGUUUCCGCUUGUUGCACUGAUUCGAAACUCUCGAUGGACGACCGGUCAACUAAUAGCUCUACUAGCUGUCCUUUUUUUUUUUUUUUUUUUUUUGGUUUCACAAUAAAGUUGGUCAAAU